GGGACACAGCCACGAGCCCCGCGGAGAUGUCAGCGGCCUCAGAAAUACGCGUCUGCGGGUAGUUUUUGGACCGGAACACAAAACCAGGUCGAGUCUCGCGCACUGCUUCCAGGCAUCCACACAGCAGCGGCAGCGUGAUCGUGGCCGAACUGCGAGCAAAUCAGCGCAUCAUGAGCAAUUUCGUAGAUCACAGCGCGGAGCUCGACAAGGACGGCGAGAACGACGACGGAUUCGGCUCGGGCGACGAGGAGCGCGAUCCGAGCUCGGUCUCUCGCAACCGCAACAACGACGACGAGGACGACGACGGCAGCGACAAUGAUUCCUCUGAGGAAGACGAGGAGGACGAUGAGGAGGAGAUGGCAAAGGUCCGCGAAGGCUUCAUUGUCGAUGACGACAGCGAGGAAGAUCUCUCGGAUGGCGAGCGGGAGCGACGACGGCGACGACGACGGAAGCGCAGAAGAAAAGCUCGUGAAGGAAGCGGGGAGGCACAAGAAAAGCACCACGACGAUGAGGAGCUUGACGAAGACGAUCUCGAUCUCGUCAUGGAAAAUACCGGUGGCUAUGCUCGUGGACCCGCAUCGAAACGCCAGAAGCGAGCCGACGAGGGCUUGACCGACAUCUUCUCGGACGAGGAAAAAGAGGCCGCCGAAGAACAACCAGCAUCAGGGCGUCGCGGUUUGAUGGACGAGUUUGCUGGUUUCAUUGAAGACGACGAGUUCUCGGAUGAGGAAGGUCAACAGGCGGCCGCAGAGACUGGAAAAUCCGCUAGACCAAGUGCUCGACCCGGUCGCAUAUCCAUCCCCGGCGUGAACGAAGAGCAGCUCGGCGAGAUCUUUGAGAUCUUUGGCGACGGCGAAGAGUAUGGCUGGGCAUUGGAGGCCGAGGAGCUCGAAGGGGUCGAGGACUACGAAGAAAAACCCACGACCGAGCUGAAGGACGUAUUCGAACCCAGCGAGCUGGCAGAGCGUAUGCUUACAGAUGAAGACAAUGCUAUUCGCGCCAAAGAUCAACCCGAAAGAUUUCAGAUUUCGCGAAAAGCGUUUCCAAACUACGAGCUCUCAGAUGCUGAGUUUGUGCUUGAAGAAAACUGGAUCGUGCGUGAAGUCAUGGAUUCAAAGAAGAAAUUUCUUGAUAGCCGUCCUGAUCUGGCACCAGCUCUGAAGAGAUCAAUCAAAAAAGUCCUUGAGUUUGUCGUUAAAGACGAAUUAGAAGUCCCCUUUAUCUGGCAGCAUCGUCGCGAUUAUCUCAUCCAAGAACGAAAGCGAGAUAGUGCCGCCGCAGCUUCUGCAGCUGAUGAGUUCGUUUCCGACCAAUUCCUCACUCAGGAUGAUCUGUGGUACAUCUUACAGCUUGAUGUCAAGUUUCACUCAAUCGUCGAAAAGAGACGAAACGUCGAGAGGUUGCUCAAAGAUCUUGAUCUUGAUGAUGGCGUGCUGACCGAGUUUUUCUCAAAUGCAUCGUCUCUCUACGACCAUCAAGAUAUCUUAGACUAUAUACAUUUCAGAUAUGCUGCGAAGCUCAAGGACCUCAGCGCCACUCAGUCCGCUGCUCACGUUGCUGCUCCUACUAUCACUCCCUCCAAACGUCCAAACUCCCGCUUUCAGCAUUUUGAAACCAUUCGUUCAGGCAAUAUCUACAAUCUUGUCCGUUCCUUUGGCAUAACGGCUGAACAAUUCGGUCUCAAUUUUGCCGAAGAUAAAAAACUGCAUUUCCCGGAAGAUCCCGAAGAGAUGCCGCUUGACUUGGCUGAUCUGUAUACGCAUGAUCCGGUUACCAACGAACCUACAAGAUACAGCACCGGUGAAGCUGCGUUUGACGCAGCAAAGAACAUGUUUGCCGAGGAAAUCUUCCACGACUUGCGCACGCGGAACUUUUUGCGUGAGAAAAUUGUUCGUGCCCUGGUCCGCAUGGACGUCAUUGCUUCGGAUAAAGGCAAGAAGGUCAUUGAUGAGACUCAUCAGUUUUAUCACUUCAAGUACAUGCGCAACCUUCAGUUGUCUGACAUCUAUGCUGAUCCGGAGACCUUUUUGGAAAUCCUGCAGGCAGAGUCGGAGGGCCUUGUUACGCUGCGGUUCAAGCUGAUCCAGCUGGAAACGUUCCUGGCAAAAGUUCUCAGCAACUUUACUUCUGAUAACACGUCCGACAUUGCCAGUGCAUGGAAUAAGGAGCGCCAGAAUGUGCUGCACAUUGCCAUGGGAAAGCUUGUCCCGCUCAUGUGCCGCGAGCUCAGAGAGGAGCUGCGCGCUAAAUCCCAAAGAGCAGUGGCAAUGGAAUGUAGAGCUGUGCUGCUCGACAGACUGGACCAGGCGCCUUAUAAGCCUGCCGGAUUCGAGCUUGGUACAACUCCGCGUGUGCUUGCACUAUCAAACGGAAUGGGAGGAGCGCGUAAAGAUGCCAUCGUCUGUGUUUAUGUCGAUGAUCAAGGCCGCGUGCUGGAGACUUUGAAACUUGAAGACGCUCGUGAUGAGGGCUUCCGGACCGGGCUUGUCGAUAUCAUCAGACGGAGACGACCUGAUGUUCUUUGCAUGGCUGGAUUCACCAUUUCUGCAAACCGCCUGCGCAAAGAUAUCUUGGAUGUGAUUUCUCAGGAGAAUCUGACGGUCGGUGGCGACGACGACGGCGGUUCGGAGCAGCUGAUUGAGCUGCUUUGGGCGAAUGACGAGGUCGCGCGUCUCUACCAAAACUCUGAGCGCGCGGCCUCUGAAUUUUCCGAACUCGCGCCUCUGUUGCGGUACUGCGUAGCACUGGCUCGAUACGUUCAGAGCCCGCUGCUGGAGUAUGCUGCCAUGGGCGCGGACAUUGUUUCGAUCGAGUUGCACAGACUGCAGGCGCUUCUUCCGGAAGACCUGCUGCGCGAGGUGAUUGAGUCUGCGUUUGUGGAUAUGGUCAACACUGUUGGGGUUGAAAUCAACGAGGCCAUCAAGGUUCCAUACGUUGCGAACCUACUUCAAUACGUCGGCGGCUUGGGUCCUCGAAAAGCGUCGGGGAUGCUCAAGGCUAUCUCAUCAGGACAAAACGGCUAUCUGAACAACCGGUUCGAGCUAGUGUCGAACGAGAUUGCCGGAAAGACAAUCUUCAUGAACUGUGCCUCGUUCCUUGUGAUCCCAUGGGAGGAGCAGGAAUCGUCCGGGUACAGAUCGCUUGAGGAGACUGAGAUCCUAGAUUCUACGAGAAUCCACCCCGAGGACUAUGAGCUGGCGCGAAAGAUGGCGGCCGAUGCGCUCGAGUUGGAUGAAGAGGAUUUGGUCGAUCUCGAGAACCAGGGAGGAGUUGUCGCGCAGCUGAUGGAUGAUGAUCCAGAGAAGCUGAACGAACUUAUCCUUGAAGAAUACGCCGAAGAGCUUCUGAAGAACUUCAAGCAGCACAAGCGCGCGACUCUGGAGAUGAUCAAAGAGGAGCUGCAGCGUCAUUACUACGAGGAACGGCACGAGCUCAAGCGGCUGACUGAAGACCAGGUGUUUACGAUGCUCACGGGCGAGACGCGCGAGUCGGUUGCUCCCGGAACGGUUGUGCCGGUGAACAUCCGAAAGGUGGGCGACCGGUAUCUUGUCGCGCGGAUGUCGUGCGGUAUUGACGGAAAUGUGUCGAGCAUGGAUAUGACGAGUCGGACGGAUAUGCCGUAUCCGGCUGCGUUGUUUUACUACGGCCAGACGGUGCGCGCGCUGAUCAAGAGUAUCAACUACGGCACAUUCCAGGCCGAUCUUAGUCUUGUUGAGGAAGCGGUUGAGGACGCGCUGCGAAACCCGCUGAGUGUGAAACUGCUGCGACAGAAUCGCGAUCCGAGCAAAUGGGACGAGUUUGAAGAGGACAAGGACCGGAGCCAGUUUGCGGUUAAGCGAGAAAAGGAGCAGCGCGCGGCGAGAGUGAUCAAGCAUCGACUGUUCCACCCGUUCAACAGGCGCCAGGCGGAAGAAUUCCUUGCGCCUCUGCAGCGAGGAGAUUUAGUGAUCCGGCCGUCGUCGCUGGGGGUGGACCAUAUCACAAUCACGUGGAAGGUCGCGAAGGACUUGUACCAGCACAUUGCGGUGCACGAGCUGGACAAGGAAAGCGACUACUCGCUCGGCCGCGUGCUGGAGAUUGAUAACGAGAAGUACUCUGAUCUGGACGAGUUGAUUUUCAUGCACGUGCAGGCCAAGGCGCGCAAGGUGGAGGAGAUGAUGAACUCUGAAAAGUUCCAGCAGGGCACGCGCGAAGACGUAGAGGCGUGGCUGACGACGUACACGCAGGCCAACACGCGGCGGUCAAACUACGCGUUCUGCUUGGACCGGAAACAUCCGGGGUACUUUGAGCUGUGUUUCAAGGCGGGCCAGAACUCAAAGGUGGUGACGUGGCCGGUGAAGGUUAUUCCGAACGGGUUCCAGUUGAAGAAGGCGGUGUAUCCUAGCGUGCAGGAGCUUUGUAAUGGGUUCAAAAUGAUGUAUCAGGCGAGUCUGAAGAGAAGGUGAUUCUGCUUUUUGACUUGGUGAUUUGGAAAUAGUUGUUUUGUAUCUUAAUGUAUGUGUAUGUACUUAAAACUUAUAUAUAUCUA